CAUAAAGCGCGUUAACGCACACAGAUGAACUUAAUUUAUAUUCGUUAGUAGAAUUUUACAUGUAUACGCUGGAUAUCAACUGUUCGUAUCAGUGGUAUCCAGUGGUAUCAGUCAAUUGCGAAUAUGCGAAUAGAAAGGUCCUCUCGUUUGUAAAUAUUUGCGAUUGAUAUUCGAAUUACGUGCCACACAGCGAUUACAGCAGUUGCUGUCAUCUGAUAUUUGAACUCUGGAACGAUGUCUUCGAGGUUCAGCGGGGUUAAAUUAGGACCACCGAUAGAGGUUUUUGCUCUACAAAAAGCUUUCGUGGAAGAUAGUUACGAGAAAAAAGUUAAUCUAUCCAUAGGAGCUUAUCGUACCAGUGAGGGGAAGCCCUGGGUGUUACCUGUUGUUCGAAAAGUGGAAAAAUCAUUAGCAGCAGAUGAAUUACAAAAUCAUGAAUAUCUUCCAGUUUUGGGAUUGGAUGCAUUUAGUCAAGCAGCAACACGUAUGUUGCUGGGAUCAGACUCUCCUAUUAUUGCACAAGGUCGUGCUAUUGGUAUUCAGACGAUAUCUGGUACCGGGGCAUUGCGUGUUGCAGCUGAAUUCUUAAGUCAUAUUUUACACUAUAAUACAUUCUAUUACAGCAGACCUACUUGGGAGAACCAUAAACUUGUAUUCCUUAAUGGUGGUUUCAAAAGAGCUUGCGAAUAUACUUAUUGGAAUCCAACUACUCGUAGUGCUGACAUAGAUGCUAUGCUUAAAGAUCUUGGAGAUGCUCCAGAGAAUUCUGUAAUUAUUUUUCAUGCGUGUGCUCACAAUCCAACUGGAUGUGAUCCAUCCCCUGAACAAUGGGCUAAAAUAGCAGAUUUAGUAGAAGAGAAACGUCUAUUUCCACUUUUUGACAGUGCAUACCAGGGUUUUGCUAGUGGAAACUUAGACAAAGAUGCUUAUGCUGUAAGAAUGUUUGCUGAACGUGGAAUAGAAUUUAUAUGCGCACAAAGUUUUGCUAAAAAUUUUGGAUUGUACAACGAAAGAGUUGGAAACUUGGUAGUUGUUAUGUCUGAUAUAAAGGCAAUGGCUCAAGCUAAGUCUCAAUUGACGUUGAUUGUUCGAGGAAUGUAUAGCAAUCCACCUAAUCAUGGAGCAAGAAUAGUUGCAACUGUGCUACGAAAUCCGGAUCUCUAUCAAGAAUGGAAAGGUCAUAUAGAGACAAUGUCUGGGAGAAUAAAAGAAAUGCGAACAAGUUUGUACGAGAGACUGCUUCGAUUAGGAACUCCAGGUACUUGGGAACACAUUACUCAACAAAUAGGAAUGUUCUGUUACACAGGUCUCACUGAGAGACAAGUUGAACAUUUGGUAAAUCACUAUCAUGUUUACAUGUUACGUAGCGGUCGAAUAAAUAUGUGUGGACUUACCGAACUGAACCUAGAUUAUGUAGCCAACGCGAUCUAUGAAACGGUUGUAAUGUUUCCACAAAAUGAUAAAAGUUGCGUAUGUUGAAAUGGGUUCCUAAGAUACGACGGAAUAUCGUACUAAGUUUACUUGUUGUUGAAGCUUUAGUACCAAAGGCAUCGUUGAAGUAUAGCAAUAUUUUAUAUGGAUUCAAGUUACAUUAGAGCUAUAAAACUCCUUUGUAGAUGCUAUUUUCAUAUGUUGUUAUAAUCUUCUUUUAAUUUACGAGAAUACAUAACUCAGUUAGCUGCUUUUAGCUAAAUAUUUGCAUACAUUUUACGUUGUCGAUAAACUGAAAAAAACAACACAAAUUUUUAUCUCUUACAGAAAUUAAAUCGUUUUGUCACAAAUCGCCUUAUCUAUAAAAGUACAAACCGUCAGAAAGUACUAUGAAUUGCCAAAUUUUAAUGUAUGCAAAUAGAACCGCUUAUUAUUGAAAUUAAUUUUCAAUUGAGCUUAGAAGUUUAGAAAAGAGCAAGAAGUAUUUAUUGCAAACGUUCAUUUUGAUACUAUGUUUUUAUUAAAUCUUGAAAUACUACGAAAGUUAAAAAUAUUAGUAUUAAUGCCUAAUCGCGUAAUUGAUAUUGACUAAAUGUAUUUUCAAGAUCUAUAAUGAAGGAAUGAUUGCAAUUCAAUUGUAACUAGAAAUCAUGAUACAUUUUACUAAAAAAAUCUAAAUGUUUUAUUUCAAGUGGCAUUUAUUACACAUGAUCUUGUAAAUUAAUUCAUGUAAUUUCCAUUAUUUUAACGAGAAGCGAGAGAAAACAAUUUUAUAUAACUAUAUAAUAUACUUUAAAAACAUAGUUUCACCAUAACUGUUAGAAGGAAUGUUAUUUCAAGAAUACACAAUUUUUAUUUAACAUAAAUCUUGUAGAUGUUUGAUGUAUAUUAUAGAAAAAUUUUCUUCAUUUAGUAGAUGCUUCCAAAGUAGUUUAUGAAUUGCAUUGAUAUAAAGAAUCUAAAGUUUUCAAUCAAAGUCAAUAUGACAAACAAUUAAUGAAUAAUGUAUAUCUUCCAAGUACUCUAUAGAGAAAGUACAAUCAGGGUUUUUAUUUUUACUGUUCCAAAUCUCAGUUCACACAUGUAUUGCUAGUAUUUUAAAUGUUUAUACAUUACACAAAAAAGAAAAAGUAUACAUUUGUAACAUUUACAGAAUAGCUAUAUACACAGGCAUACAUAUAUGUAUAUAUACACACAUAUUUUUAGUAAAAUUGUUGUAACAUUUAAGCUUAGAACACUCCCUGUUCAAAAGUCUGGACCAAAUUCACAACCUUCAAAUUUUUGUAAAAAUUACAAUUAUAAGUACUGCCAAAGUUGAUAACUUGAGUAAGCAGUAGCAAGGAUUACUUUUCUAUGUAUUUAUAUAAAAUAAAUGUGCAGAAUUAUAUUUUAUAAAAUGAUGUAUAAUUUUGUAAAAACUACAAUAUAACCAAAAGAAUAUUACCCUAGUUUU